UGAAGCUCAUUGCCAGCCUAGCAUAGCUGAGAGCAGUCAGCCAGUCGUGUCUCUUUUCGAGGCCGGAUGGUAAAAUCCAACCUCCAGCGGAUCCUAAACAGUCAUUGCUUUGCUCGCGAGAAAGAAGGAAAACAGCAACCCUUUACUACAAUGGCGGAUUUAAGUAGUACUGGUAUCUGUGAAAUGAUUGGGAACCUGUCCCUGCACUGUAGUAGUACCCGCGGCCCGGGGCCUCUGUGGUGCUCCGAUGCCCCUCUCCCACCCCUGAAGAUCCCAGGUGGGCGAGGGAAUGGCACACGGGAUCACGCUCCUUCAGCUCGGCCGAUCUACACAGACCGAAAGUUGACAGUGACAGAGGAGCCUGCCGGGAAUGGACGUCCUGGGAUGCUCCACUUCCAAAGUCGUCCCACAGUUGCAAAGACCAUACAGUGGGACGCUGUCCUCAGCAGCAGCGCACUCUUUGUGGAGAUACCUCAAGACCCUCUUCCUGAAGGGAGCAAGGAGAGUUUUGCGGCUCUCCUGGAGUUUGCUGAAGAACAUCUGAAAGUUGUUAGCGUGUUUGUCUGCUUUUACAAGAACAGAGAUGAUCGUGCUAAAUUGGUGCGUACCUUCAGUUUCCUGGGCUUUGAGAUAGUGAAACCAGGCCAUGCCCUCGUCCCACCUCGACCUGAUGUUUUCUUCAUGGCCUACAACUUUGACAGGGACUCCUCGGACGAUGAGUAGCCCUCCUGACAACUUCUCCACCGGUUGAUUUUUAUAGUUUUCUGCCUCCCAUCACGUUUUCUUUAGCUUUCCUACAGUUCCAGCCUCAUUCACAGCUGCUGUCAUAGUUUUCUGUAUAAAAGGUCUCACCCCCACAUGCUUUCUGUUCAAGGGAAUAUAAGUAUCUCUUGUUUGUAGCAUUUAUAUUUGCGUGUUAAAACAGUUUUCACUGAUUUAUUGAUGUUGUCACCUUUAAAUGGAGGGUUUUUCCUGGAGUUACCAUAGGUAGUAAGGCUUGAUUA